AUGUCUGAGAAGCCCGACCAUCUCUGCGUCCUCGUCCAUGGCCUUUGGGGCAACCCCGACCAUUUGAAAUACGUUAGCACCACUCUGAGCGAGACGUUUCCCAGCGAGAAACUCCACGUCCUUGUUGCGGCACGUAACUCGGGCAGCUUCACCUACGACGGCAUAGACACGGGUGGCGAGCGCGUUGCCCAAGAAAUCGAAGGAAAGCUUGAGGAGCUAGCUGAGAGUGGACACAACAUCACCAAGAUCAGUAUCAUCGGAUACUCAUUAGGAGGUCUCAUCUCCCGUUAUGCUAUCGGAUUGCUCUAUCGGAGGGGCAUCUUUGAUAAGAUACGGCCGAUAAACUUCACCACCUUUGCGACUCCCCAUCUCGGCGUUCGAACACCCCUCAAAGGCUACCACAGCCACCUAUGGAAUGUCUUGGGCGCGCGCACACUUUCCAUGAGCGGAAGACAACUCUUUGGUGUGGACAAAUUCAGAGACACUGGUCGACCACUUCUAGCCGUUCUCGCGGACUCAGAAAGCAUCUUCAUCCAGGGACUAUCUCAAUUCAAGCACCGAAGCUUAUAUGCUAAUGUCGUCAACGAUCGAACAGUGACAUACUACACUGCCGGUAUCUCUUCAACCGACCCUUUUGUAGAUCUAGACAAGGUCAAAAUCAACUAUAUCGACAACUACGACGACGUAAUUGUCGAUCGAGAACAUCCAGUGUCACCAAGAGAUCCUGAGGAACCAUUAGCAUUCGCGCAACGCCUAACAGAAGGUACAAAGACGGUGAUUGGGCGCGCAUCCAUCGUAGCGCUCCUCUCAGUCUUGGUUCCUGUCGGUGUGACUGCUUUUCUGAUCAAUUCGGCCUUUCAAUCAGUUCGUAGCCACCAACGCAUACGACUUCAUCAGCAAGGCCGAUCGGGCAUCGACUACACGCAUUAUCGCAUACCAUUCAUGAUCAAUGCAGUACGGAGAGAGGCUGAAAACAUGUACGGGAACGCCAAUCACGCACAAAGCCAGGAAUACCUGAGCAAUGGCUCCGAAGAGGGCACGUCUUUAAGCCAGCAGAAGACUCUAGGAAACGCGCACAAAACUGGGUCUGACACCGAAGUCGAUUCUAUCCAAGCGCGAAAGGAGGAGGCAAAUCUGAAGUUCCCGACCCUUGCACUUACACCAGAGCAAUUCAAAAUGAUCGACGCGCUAGACAACGUCGGUUUCAAGAAGCAUCCAGUUCACAUUCACAACCACCGGCACUCGCACGCCGCCAUCAUUGUUCGCAUGCAAAAAGAGUCCUUCAACGAAGGCAAAAUCGUCAUUCAGCACUGGCUCGACAACUUUGAGCUUUAA